CGUGCUUGGGUGCAAAGGUGAAAUCCCUCACCUUUAAGUGUGACUAUUCUUAUUUUCCCUCUUGGGGGUGAGAGCGGACCGACCUAUCCAGAAAGAAUAGAGAUGAUAGGCAACCGGCGAUGGAGUCCGCAUCAAAAGCUGGAUUUCCAAUUGGAACCCAGUCAGUUUUGUAUUCGGAGCUUCACAAACUUCUCUGUCUGUCGUCAAUAUCAGUACUCUCCACCCGUUUUCAAAAAUCCUGGUAUUUUCAGGGUUCGACGUUCUAGUCGCUACAAUAAAAUUUAUUGCUAUAACUCCGAUGAUAACAGAAAUAAACAACCGGAAAGAACUGGAAUCCAGAUUUACCGCGAUAUUGAGAGAUUACUUACGGAGAGUGUAAAGCAGUCUCAAGAUGCUUGGGGUGGAUUAAGAGAUUGGAGUGAAGUUGAGGGAGCGUGGGUUCUGAAACCAAAAACCUCAAGACCAAAGUCCGUUGUACAUUUUGUUGGUGGUAUCUUUGUUGGGGCUGCACCUCAGCUUACCUACAGACUAUUUCUUGAGCGCCUUUCAGAAAAGGGUAUUUUAGUCAUUGCAACGCCGUAUGCUAGUGGAUUUGAUCACUUCUUCAUUGCAGAUGAAGCUCAGUUUAAAUUUGAUAGAUGUCUUCGCUUUCUACAUGAAAUAGUAGAAGAUCUUCCCACAUUUGGCAUUGGGCAUUCUUUAGGAUCUGUCAUCCACCUCUUGAUAGGAUCGAGGUAUGCUGUUCAAAGAAAUGGAAAUGUACUGAUGGCAUUCAACAAUAAGGAAGCAAGCAUGGCUAUCCCACUAUUCUCGCCAGUUCUUGUCCCAAUGGCUCAGAGCAUUGGACCACUUCUGUCACAGAUUACAUCAUCACCAACUGUCCGCCUUGGGGCAGAGAUGACUAUGAAACAAUUAGAGAACCUUAGCCCUCCCAUGAUGAAACAAGUUCUUCCUCUAAUUGAGCAACUUCCUCCUUUGUACAUGGACUUGGUCAAUGGAAGGGAAAAUUUUUCCCCAAAGCCAGAAGAAACACGACGACUAAUAAAGUCGUACUAUGGGGUUUCCAGGAAUCUUCUAGUAAAGUUCAAAGAAGAUACAAUUGAUGAAACUCCAGCAUUAGCUCAGGUGCUUAGUGAUUCCGCCAUUAGCUCAAUGCUGGAUCUGUCAAUUCGGUAUUUGCCAGGGGAUCAUGGGCUCCCUUUGCAUCAGGCAUUGCCAGAUGUUCCUCCAGGAAUUGCAGAUACUGUUAACAGGGGAGGGGAAUUUUUGGCAAACUUGACUGCAGGCACCCCAUGGGAGACUGUUGCAAAAGAGGUAGGCAGCACAUUAGGCGUAGAUGGGGUGGUCCUCCGUGCAGAUAUAUCAAAGGAUAUAGACCUACUUGUGGAUGUGAUCACAUCUUGGAUGGAUUCAAAUGCAAUGAAAUUGAAAGCAUUAAGAAGCUAAAGAAGAAGGGAAUGUGUACAUAAGCGCUUAAUUGUCAUAUUUGACGACUACUAGAACUUGGUUCAUUGUUGGUGCAACUGUCCGCGGACAUGAUCAUGUAUCUUCUGUAUCAUAGUUUAUGUAAGAUCUUACAUUGCAGGACAUGUAAACUUGACUGGAACAGUCACAAUUACCGAAAAAAGAAAAGGAAAAUGUCAUGUUCUUCUCGUUCUGAUCCUUUCUGCA